CUCAGCGCUGAGGUUCCGUGAGCGGCUGCGGGAGUCUCGACCCUCCGCCUCUGCCGCCGCUCGCCCCGGGGUUCUCCCCCGCGGAGGGUAGGGGGUGAGUAUCCCUCCUCCGCUGUCCUCUCCGUUUUUGCGGGCCGGGGAUGCGCGGCCGGACCGGGAGUUCAAGGCGGGGACGGUGUGUGCGACGUCCUGUGGUGUCCGGGUUCCCCCCCCCCUCCGGUGGAGCUCUGUGAGGGGGGAACCGCCUCAUGGCGGCCCCGCUCUCCGCGCCCUCAGCAGCCCGGUCUCCCCUUCACCCCCCGUGUCUCCCCUCUCCUGAAGCCCAUCCCUGCAGGGAAGGAACCAGCCUCUGCUGGUCAUCCCCAGAGAACGUGGUCGCCCUGGCAAGAAGGUGAUGGAAAAGCAACAUCUUCAACAUCCAUAGGGUGACUUUGUUGUCAGAUAUCCCACCAGCAUUAAGCUUUAUAAACUAUGGAAGAUCCUAAUUAGCCCAAUGUGGUGAGAUGAUCCUGCGUGACUUCUUGUUUUACCUCUGGCCGUUUAUAUUUUCCUGUGAGUUUUCAUGGAUUUAGAGACUCAAGUCAUGUUUUAAAGCAGGUUUUUUUGCCAUAGCAUCUGGUCAACGCUGCCUUGGCUAAGCCAGGAAGGGUAUCCAGCCUGCAUGGACAGGGCAACAUUUGCCUGUUCCACUGCCUUUUUUCGUGACUAUAACAGUUCGUCUCAGGGUGCGUUCUGUCUCCCCGGAGGUCACGUUGACUUUAUUGAAAAAGUAGAAUCAUUCACUUACUCAGACUUUUUCCGGGAUUAUUUGAUUCCCAACCAUCCCUGUAUUUUCUCAGCUAAGUUCACUGAAGACUGGGGCAGCAGGAGAAAUUGGGUUACUUGGGAUGGAAAGCCUAACUUUGAUCAUCUGCUGCAGAAGUUUGGAGAGGCUGUAGUACCUGUUGCCAACUGUGAUGUCAAGGAGUACAAUUCUAACCCAAAGGAGGAGCUCCCCUUCAAGGAGUAUAUAAAGUACUGGAAAGAGUACAUUAAAAAUGACUACCGUUCAUCCCGAGGGUGCCUUUAUCUAAAGGACUGGCACCUGAGCAGAGCUUUCCCCGAGCAAGAUGUGUAUACAACCCCUGUGUAUUUCUCAUCCGACUGGCUGAAUGAAUACUGGGAUGCUAUAGCUGUGGAUGAUUACCGGUUUGUCUACAUGGGACCUAAAGGUUCAUGGACUCCAUUCCAUGCUGAUGUCUUCCGUUCCUAUAGCUGGUCGGCCAAUAUAUGCGGGAGAAAGAAAUGGCUGUUAUACCCCGCAGGACAGGAGGAGUAUCUGAAAGACCGCCAUGGCAACUUGCCCUUCGACGUGACUGCACCUAGUCUUCAGGACAGGAGUGUUUACCCUCGCUACAACCAAAGUCAACCCCCUGUUGAAAUUGUGCAGGAAGCAGGGGAGAUAGUCUUCAUCCCCAGUGGAUGGCAUCAUCAAGUUUACAAUCUGGAGGAUACUAUUUCCAUUAACCACAACUGGGUGAAUGGCUGCAAUGUGGCUAUAAUGUGGUGCUUCCUCCAGGAUGAAUUAGCAGCUGUCCAGCGGGAAAUCAAUGAAUGGAAGGACCCUAUGGAUGAUUGGCACCUACAAUGCCAGUUGAUCAUGAAGUCUUGCACGGGUAUAGACUACAAAGAGUUCUACAACUUCCUCAAAGUUAUUGCAGAGAACAGGAUUUCUGUCUUGGAAAACGGCCUCGAUGAUGAAGCUUCGGCAAAGAACACUCCAAAAGCAGCCAUUUCCACCUUGGGCAUGCUCCAUGCAGUGUUUGAUUUAAAGAGGACUGUGAAGGUGUUAACAUCAUUGAGUGCUAAUGAAGAUUUCAAGAAACUAGACCUGACGUCACUUUCUCCACCUCCGGAGGCAUUGCUCCACCACUUGAAAGCAGCAAUAGAUACAGCACUACUCUAACUUCCUAUUUAUUCAGUUCUUUGUAAAAUGAACCUUUUGCAAAAUGGGUGUUUGUAGAAGACUGACUCCUCCCUGUUUAAUCACUGUUGCAGUUUUAAGUACAAAGAGCCUUAAUAUAGAGUGGGGAGAGAGUACGUUCAUAGGAAGACUAAGUUGACACCAUUUGAGUAUCUGGAGUAAUCGAACAGGAAAAAAAUCUCAGAUAAAGGAAAAACCCAAAUCAUGUUAGUAUUAUAUUAUGACCCCUACUACUGAGUGCGCAUUCAGGGAAGGGGAAUAGAAGUUCUCUGUGGACCAAGCUUAGUUCUGUCAGGGCUAAACACUAAGACUGCAGUGGUCUGCACCAUAUUCCCUCUGCUUCCAAGAGCACUGUACACAGACAGCAAACCUGUACUGCAGGCUCCAGCAGUUAAGCUCUGCUUUGUCUGGUCACAGCUAAAUUACUUUAAGACCUGUCCUGCUUCCAGGUGCAGCUCAGUUCAGUGUUUUGGUUUUGUUUUUUUUUAUGUGACCCUAGUUAGUUGGCUUCCAUUGAAGCCUGAGCUGGCUGAACAGCUGUAGCCUGGAUGUGGAAGAGCUGACUGUACUAGUGUCCUGUACAGUGGUAUCUCUCUAAAGGUGAAAGUCUCAGGUAGGGUCAGCUUUCAUACUGCUCCAAGGCCUGCAGGAUUUAAUUUAACAUACUAAUCAGGAAGCUGGAGUCCUGAUUGCAAAUUAGUGCAGAUAGCAAAUCUGCCACUAAUAAUUAAGCAUGUGAUCCACCCAAGCUCAAAAGGAGGAACUUGAAUGUACUCUUGCAUUUCUACACGCUAUUUCAAGGCACAGUAUUUUAUCGAGCAGAGAUUUGAUUAAUCAGGGAAGCUAGCAAGUAGCCUCAUAUUAUCUCCUAAAAAAAGCCAUGCUGUUAACACACCAAAUAGCACUACUGCAUGGUUAUAUAGCACAAUUUGCAACCUGAAUGCUCCCCUUGGGCUAAAAGAGUAUUUCCAGUGAAGCAUGCCUCUUGCUUUUACUGGUUGGUGAGAAAGCCUAGAAGCACAAACGGCUGCACACUGUUACCUUAGUUGCCCCUUUAGGGCUCACUUGAAUUAUAGCUCAAGAACUUCCUCAAUUUUCAACCAGAUGACCAGUAAGAGCAACUAAUAACCGUAUGUUUAGAAAGUACAAUAGUAGACAUCCUCAGCAGGCUGAAAAAUCACAUUGUUUUUUAGAUAAUCCUGUGGAGUUUGUACAUGCAUGCAUUUUGCAUGUCCUAUUUUCUAGUAGAAGUUCUGCAUUUUGAGUAGGAAGUGGUACCUGAAAUUAAAAUCAAUACCCAGAGCGUGGAAGAAUGCAGUCUGGAGAAAACAGACCUCUUUUCUUUUUUUUUUUUUUUUUAACAGCUGUGACUACAUCUCAGUGAUUCAACCUUCUGGCAGGGUGUUUCUUUAGACUGGAAAACUGCCAGUUUUAAGCAACUCUGAAAUUAAAAGUUCACAGCUGUUACUUAUGUCUGUUUACAUUCUCAAAGACAGGCAGCUGGAGCUUUCUUCCUUAUAUGAAUAAGGUGAGAUUUCAUAGAGGUGAGAAGCAAUGGUUUAAAGCUGACAAUCAGUGUACUGGUAGGAAAGCAUGGUUUUGGUCUUGUAUUCCCCAGUCUCACUGCAUGCUGUGCAACUGGUAUUGGCACCAACCACUUUAAACACUGCAAUUUUAUAAAGCGCUUGCUUAGAUGAACAGUACUUUUCAUUUCAUGUGUGAAACCAGCAAAAAUACAAGUCUAGCUGUUACACCAAGAACCCAGUAUCUCAACGUACCCAGGAUAGGUUUAGACACUGUACUGUCCGGCAGAUUACAUCCUCAUUUCAUGGAUGGCAUGAGUUUGCUGUGAUGCAAAAAUCCAGGCAGCAGUUCUUAGGGAAGAGGCAUAAUUUCUGCAGUUAGUUCCUCUUCCCUGUGGAAUAGAGUUAAGGAAGGGAGAAGAUAGGCCAACAUGGUAGGGAAGGUGGGUCUCAACUACUCACUCUCACUUUCUCUUCACCUGAGCUGUCUCUGCACAACAGCAUCUUCAGCUCUGAAGAUGUGUAACAGCCAUCUUUCAUAGGGCCUGCUAAUGCUUAAUGUGAUCAGUGUGAGACAAUGGGGUCAAAAAUAGUACUUUAAUUGCAGGAAAUGAUCUUAAAGUUUAAGCCAUUUUCUCCUUAUUGAUUUGGCAGGGAACA